AUGUUCGAGGGUUAUGACCAGGGCGUCAUGUCCGGGGUUAACAUAAGUCCCUCGUACAUUGAUCUGGUCAAAAUCGGCGAUGGCGCAACCGGGAAUAUCACAAGACCGACAAAGCAAGGUGGUCUUGUCUCCAUCUACUAUCUCGGUACCCUCCUGGGAGCACUGAUGGGCGGGGCGUUGUCCGAUAAGGUAGGACGACGCAAAGCUAUAUUCUUCGGCUGUCUUUGGGGCAUCUUUGGUCAAUCGAUGCAGAGCGCCGCUCAGAAUGCUCCCUGGAUGCUCUGCGCCAGAUUGAUCGGAGGCGUUGGAACUGGCUGCAUCAGCGCAGUCAUUCCAGUCUGGGGCUCGGAACUUGUCGCUCACGAAGUGCGAGGCAUGGUGAUGGCCUUCGAAAUGUUCAUCAACUUUGCCGGAAUCUCGACUUCGUACUGGCUCGAGUAUGGGCUGAGCUUUGUAAACCACGGAAACACCGACGUUCGGUGGCGAUUUCCUCUUGCUUUCGUCACCAUUUUUCUGAUCGCCUUGAUGCUCAUCAUACCCUUCAUGCCAGAGAGUCCACGCUGGGACAUUGCCAAUGGGAAGCAAGAACGUGGCAGAAAGACCCUGGCAGUCUUCCGCGCUCAAGGAGAUAUUAACCAAGCAGAGGUCGAAGCUGAAUUCAACGAGAUUGUCGCCGCCGUCGAACUGGAGGCUGAAUACCCGGCUCGGAGCUAUUUCCACUUAGUCACCGGAAUCAAGAGUGGCGAUCUUCAUCUCGGACGGAGAGCAUUUUUGGCCGCGUGGCUGCAGAUUAUGCAGGCGUGGACUGGUGUCACAAGUGUGGUCGUAUAUGCUCCCACACUUUUCCGCAUUGCUGGCUUCAGUGCACACAAAGCAAACCUCCUGACUGGCUGUGCAAACCUAGUCACCAUGGUAUGCUGCGCAUUUGCUUUUGUGACAAUCGAUCGUUACGGCCGUCGCAAGGUCCUUAUGGCCGGUGGGUUUGGACAAAGUCUGUCGUUCUUCAUCCUCGGUGCUCUGUCCAAGGUCGGAGAGGACAAACACAGCCAGUCAAUCGGCGCCGCCGCUGGCUCAUUUGUCUUCAUUUACAACGCCAUAUUUGCGGCAACGUGGCUGUCAGUGCCCUGGGUGUACCCGUCAGAGAUCUUUCCCCUUGCUAUCCGAGCUAAGGGAAAUGCAUUCGGUAUCAUUGGUUGGAGCCUGGGUUGUGGCUCGGUCUCUCUCGCAGCACCUGUCAUGUUUAAAGCGUUAGGCCCUCAGGGUUUCUAUAUCCAUGCCGUCUUCAAUCUGCUAGCUGUCGUCAUAGUAUUCUGUUUCUACCCAGAGACCAGUUGCCGGACAUUGGAAGAGAUUGAUCUCCUGUUUGCCAGUAAGACACCAUUCGUCUGGGAAACCGAAAAGAAGUUCCAAGAGCUUAAGCUGCAACAUUCGGCUCUCGUUCGUGGAGGUCAAGACGUCAAGAUCGUCGCCGAACACCUUGAAGCAGGAGGACUUGAUGGGAAGAAAUACUGA